CAAUAAACGUUCCUUUGCUCUUAUCGCUAUAAGCCAAUUGAUAAAUUAACUAAACAAAUGUAGAACGUGGAGUGCUGCUCAACCUUUUCGGUAACUGUUAUGCUUUGAAAUGGUAAAAUGAAUGCAUCUGCGAUAGGCGCCAGCGAUCCCCCAACGGACUCCUAUCCCUUUUAUGUGGUGAAACGAACCAGACUAUCCAGGCGCCGAUCUAGGUUCGAAGUCAUCGUAGUUCUGGAAGGGGAGUGUCUGGUCACCUCCUACAUGUCCAGGACCACCACAUCCUACCUGAGCAGGGAAAUCAAGUGGGGGCACAUGUUUUCGCCUUGCGUCCGGUGGGACCCCGUUCAGCGGCGUUACAUAGUCGACCACAAACGCUUCAAUCGAAGCGUGGAAGUGGGGAUUCCGCUAUGCAGCGCUCAGCGCCUCGACGAAGUUUACGAAGAUCUGGUCUAUCAGAGGAGGCCCUACAGUGAGAGCGGAAGCAGCUCCAAGUACACGAGCCCCGCCACUCACAGCCCCUCAAUAAACAGCCCCAUUUACUUCCGCAAGUCGCAUGAUAUCAACGAGCUGGAGGAGCUGGAAACAGUGGCGGACGUGCACCGGAACCCUGCCUCUGAUGAUGAGGACUCAUCGGCUGAAGAAGAGGGAACGUUUAUGGAUCUGAGCCUCGAGGAUCUGCAGAGGAGGGAGUUGAAGAGUUCAUCGGAGCCUCGGCCGCGGACCUUGAGCGGCACCGCCAAGGACUUUCUGGCCAGUAUUCAGCGCUAUGUGAAGGAAGGAGGCGGCAAGACCAAGAGCUAUGAAGAAACUGCCUUUUAAGGACGAAUCUCUCUUUUCCUUUCCCUGGAGCUGUUUUAUCAAUACAGUUGCGUUCUAGGCGA